CUCUCCGUUGAAGAUAUUGCUAUGCUGCAACAGCUUCGAACUCCACUAAAUACCCAACUUUUGCAUCCAGCCGUUCAAAUGGGAUUCCAAUCCCAAUUGAUGAACGGAAUCCUCCCAGCUGGGUUGAAUGCGGUGAUGAAUAACAGGAAACGGGAACACGAUGAUGAUGUGAAACCCGAAUUGUUUGGCAAAGUUCAACGAGAAUACUCCAGAAAGUCUGCUUCUCAGUGCUAUUUCCUCGUUUACUUUUACGCUCUCUCUCUCUCGCUCGUUCUCUUCCUCUCGUGCAUGACUCUCGUUCAACACCGAAAGGCUAAAGUGCGCAUUGCGUGUAUGUUGCGCAAGAGGCGGCGGAGUCGGCGCGAUGUUGGGGUGUCGGCGGGUGAAACCCGGUUUUCUGCGCAGAAGAACCGGUUUCCGAUGAACUCGCACUGUGUCUCCACGUAUCGCACGCUAUUCACGUCUUCGCUCAUCGCUGCGUCGCUUCGAUUGAUGUGGUCUUUCUGUUCAACGACGACGACCUCUUCGCCUCGUGCCAACGGGUACCGACACCGAGAAUAUCCGCCGCGCGACCCCAACACAAGUGUAGCUGGCCAACUUACGUAG